GAAUACAGUACGAGAACAACGAUUGGCAGGAGUGGAUCGCCGACCGCGCCACCAUGCCGCACACCUACGAGUCAUUGCACGCAGACGACUGCGGAGAUCAGACUCGCCAGGACCGAGCAGGCCAGAAUCGGUACCUACGCAGAGCCCCCAAACGACGUGCAGGACCCGCACGAGGAGUGA